GCAGCGCAGAUCCUGUUCGGCAACAUCGCGGAAUGGGGCCCGCAGGCCGCGAACUUCUGUCGCAACGCAGGGUGCAAGUACCACCUCAUAGCGCUAGCGGAGACGCACGUCGACGCGAACGGCCUCGCGGAGCAGAUCGGCAAGCUCGCCAUGGGCGGCUGGAAGCUCUCGGCCACACCGGCGGUGGUUACCAACAAAUCGGACGAGGGGACCCAUGGCGGCGAGUGGGCCCUCUCGCGCAGGGACGUGGCGGCGACUACGUUCGAGGGCUACAGGGACUACUAUGUCAAGCGCCACAAGAGGCAGCCGUUCGUGGGGUUCACGCCGACGGUCCUCCACACCAAGAGCGGCAACAUAGUCGUCGUGGCGGCGUGCCUUCGCCCUGGCCUACGGGACCAAGGUGCGAGCAGGGACAUCCUGGUCUCCAUCUCCACCUUCGUGGACAUGCUCACGGACCCGUGGAUCAUCCUGGGCUCGGGCUCCGUGUACGACUACGCGAUCGUACGAGCGGACAUCGCCACGCACAUCGGGAUCGAGGCCAUCUACGACGUCCCCUGGAAGACCCACUGCGGCAUCCAGAUCACGGUGGGCACCGCCGAGCCGUGGCAGUACAAAGCUAUAAAGGAUGCCAAAGCCCUCCCCGCACGAGCCAGACCCAAGAAGGUCGCGGACCCAAACAGCAAAAGGUCCAAGGCUCGUGCGGAGGCGUUGCGAACCAGGAGGGAAAGGCUACCAGAGCACUUGCGCGACGAGUUCGACGCCCUGCACGCCAACCGCGAGACGGCCAAGGAGGGCCCCACCCCCUUCGUCACCCCCCAGGAGAACUGGGACGACGCCGCCGACGAGGUCAGCAACUUCCCGAAGUUCGAUGGCGCAAAGGUCGGCACCAAGGAGGGCAGAGGACACAUCUUCCACAACCAUGAGCCGAACCUCGCGGAGGACAUCAACUCGAAGUGCGCGCAGUGGAUCGCGACCCUGGAGCUCGCCCUCCUGGAGACGCAUGCGGUCCCCGUCGAGGACAGGGCCAGGUACCAGGGCAGGGCAGAGGGGGUGCAGGACCCCGAGGCCACCUGGUGGCAGCACCUCAGCACCCUUGUCGUGAGGUACACCGCGCUGGUCACGAACGGCAAGGACCCCAAAGCCCGCCAGUACAUCCACAAGACAGUCAUGAAGAAGUUGGACGACCUAGAGAACCCCGAGUUCCCCAAGGAGCACUUCGGUAGCAAAACCGACCCGCAGGAGAUCGAAGAGUGGAAGGCCCAGCUCGCCACCCUCGAGUACUGCGACGAGGACGACCUGCACCGCAUCAGCGCCACCACCAUGGAGUGGACCCACAAGGCCAUGGCGAGAGCUGCAGGUAGAGCGCGAAAACGGUACCUCGACUGGGCGAAGCAGGCGUGGAAGGAGUCACCAGGCAAGCUGCGCCGCAUGGUCACCGACCCCAAGGCGCCGCGCCUGGAGGACAAGCAGCCCCAGAGGACGGUGGGCGACCCAUCCACGGUCAUGAACCACUCCGCCGACACCUGGCGCUCCAUUUGGGCGUCCGACAGCUACAACGCCAAGCAGAUC